GCGUUCGAAAGUAUGAGGCAGUGCCUUUAAGCUCCUCGUUGUGUAACAAAUCGAGCAAUGUUGUUUCUCCUUCUUGUGAUUUUGAUUAUUUGUUGUCUGGUGAAGUAUCAUUGGGAUAGGCGGAAGUUGUACCUUUUUGCAGCGAAGCUUCAGGGACCUAAGGCCUAUCCUGUGGUGGGAAAUGGGCCACUAUUUUGGUGCAAAAAUGAAGAAAUUUUCAACAAUUUUAUGGCCGCCACGGCCCCCUACCCGUCCCCAGUCCGCCUCUGGGUGGGCCCGAAAUUGGUCCUUUUUGUAAAGGACCCCAACCAACUUCAGCUCAUUUUGCAAUCGUCCAAAAUCACAACCAAGUCGUUUCUUUACCGAUUUCUUGAACCCUUUCUCGGAAAAGGGCUCUUUACGUCAUCGGGCCCCAGACAGAAACAUCACCGCAAGUUGCUCCAACCCCUAUUUUCGCAAAGGAUGAUUGAGGGCUAUUGCCACCUGUUCCAAAAACACUCGAAAAAAUUUGUCGAAGACUUGAGGAAAAAUGCCAAUGGACCUGAAUUCAACAUUUCAACGUUCUUGCAAUUUACGGCGUUCGAAGCUACGAUGGAUUUAUUGCUGGAAGAUCAAGAUACGCACUCGAUCGAUUACAAUGAAAUCCCGAACUAUGUGAGAAAGUUUUACGAAAUUGUGUUCACUCGAGUCAAAAGUUUUUGGCUACAUUUGGAUAUAUUUUUCAAACUUAGUUCCUACUAUCGGGAGCAAACGAAGUUGCAAAGCUUGGCCACGACUGUCAUAAACGAGAUUACGGAAACAAAUGUGCCAAAAAUAAUCGAAAAAAUCAAAGCGGAACGGAAACUGGCCGAUGCCGAGAUAAGAGUUCCAUCAAUGUUGGAAUCGAUCGCUGAAAUGGUGAUGGAAAACCCCGAUUGUUUGACCAUGCAGGACUGCACCGACCACUUAAUGACUUUUAUGGCAACAAGCCAAGACACCCAAAGUUCGGCCGUUGCCUUCACUUGCAUGAUGCUGGGCGCUUACCCCCACAUCCAAGACCUUGUCGUCCAAGAGUUAAGAGAAGUGAUGGGCAAAAAAACCAGCCUCGACCUAACCGACGUUUCGCAACUCAAAUAUCUCGAAAUGUGCCUCAAGGAAAGCAUGAGGUUGUUCCCUGUUGGCCCGUUUAUUUUCCGGGACACCACUGAAGACUUCCAAUUCGAUAAAAUGGUGAUUCCGGAAGGUGUGACUGUGAUUUUAUCGAUUUACCACGCACACCGCAGCCCGGAGCAUUGGGAAAAACCGGAUGAAUUUUACCCGGAACAUUUCGCCCCGGAGGCGAUGAGUAAACGACACCCUUGCGCUUUUAUCCCCUUUAGUGCAGGACCUCGCAGAUGCAUAGCCCAGCAUUAUUCCUACACUUAUAUGAAAAUCCUGCUCGCGACCAUUGUGCUCAAUUACGAGAUCGAGUGCCGAUUCAAAGCCGAAGAUGUUAAACUAAUCGCUGAUAUUUCAAUCAGGCCGCAACAAGGAUAUCUGAUCAAAUUGAAAGACAGGACGAACUAAAAUUUAUUCUAUCACAGAGUUAACAGUUUUUUAUAUUUAAUGUUAGGUGACUCUUUCACGCAGUUGUUCACGUGGAGAGAACGGACUUUUGUAACGUUGGGAUCUUUUAAUAAAUUGUAUUUAUAGUUUAA